AGCUAGCUGCAACACUGCCACACUCUCUCUCUCCGCCUCUCGCUCUCUCGUCUUUAAAGCUGUCGCCUUUUACCGCUCUCGUCCCCUGUCCUCUUCUCUCUCCCUCCCGUGCCGCGCUGUGUUUCUCGUCUCGUUCUGCUUCGACAGGAUCCGGGAGCCCGGCGAGGGAGCGAGAGCGCCUCCAGCUGGUUCUGGGCGGCGACGCUGGGUGGGCGCGUUCCUGGCAGGUGAUGGCAGAGGCUCCGUGCGCCGCCGCGGGGGGCGGUUCGCGCGGGGGCAGGCUGUGAGGGGGCGGUCCGGAGCCGGCGACGGUGCCCGUACGUCUCUCGCCUGCUAGCGUGCGCGCUCGCGAGCGGAGAGCUGAAAACAGGUUUUGAUCGCUGCGAGGAGGAAUUGAGAGCUCGCAAGGACGCGAGGAGGAGCUUUUGCUUCCGGUGGUGGUCAGUGGCCCGGCGACUAUGGCGGCGGCGGUGGCGAUGCGGAGCGGGAGCAGCGACGGCGGCGGCGGCGGGUACGACAAGGGCGGCAUGGACACAGGCAAGUACGUGCGCUACACGCAGGAGCAGGUGGAGGCGCUCGAGCGGGUGUACGCCGAGUGCCCCAAACCCAGCUCCUCGCGCAGGCAGCAGCUGCUGCGCGAGUGCCCCAUCCUCUCGAACAUCGAGCCCAAGCAGAUCAAGGUCUGGUUCCAGAACCGGAGGUGCCGUGAUAAGCAGCGUAAGGAGUCUUCCAGGCUUCAGGCCGUGAACAGAAAGUUAACCGCGAUGAACAAGCUUCUUAUGGAGGAGAAUGAGCGCCUGCAGAAGCAGGUUUCCCAGCUGGUUCACGAGAAUGCGUACAUGAAGCAGCAGCUGCAGAAUCCUUCAUUAGCAAAUGAUGUGAGCUGUGAAUCAAAUGUGACCACUCCUGCCAACCUAAGGGAUGCAAGUAACCCAUCAGGGCUCCUUUCAAUUGCCGAGGAGACCCUGACAGAGUUCCUCUCAAAGGCUACAGGGACUGCUAUUGAUUGGGUCCAGAUGCCUGGGAUGAAGCCUGGUCCGGAUUCUUUUGGUAUUGUGACCGUUUCACAUGGUUGUCGUGGUGUUGCUGCCCGUGCCUGUGGUCUUGUGAACCUGGAACCAACAAAGAUUGUUGAGAUCUUGAAAGAUCGCCCAUCUUGGUUCCGUGAUUGUCGGAGUCUUGAAGUCUUUACAGUGUUACCAGCUGGAAAUGGUGGGACCAUCGAGCUUGUUUACAUGCAGAUGUAUGCUCCUACUACUCUAGUUCCUGCACGAGAUUUUUGGACACUGAGGUACACAACCACUUUGGAGGAUGGCAGUCUUGUGGUCUGUGAGAGAUCUUUGAGUGGUUCAGGUGGUGGUCAAAGCACUGCCACAGCACAACAAUUUGUAAGAGCUGAGAUGCUUCCUAGUGGCUAUUUAGUCCGCCAAUGUGAGGGUGGGGGCUCGAUUGUGCGUAUAGUGGACCAUCUGGACCUUGAUGCUUGGAGUGUUCCUGAAGUUCUUCGGCCCCUCUAUGAGUCGUCUAGGGUAGUUGCUCAGAAGAUGACAACUGCAGCACUACGGCACAUCAGACAAAUUGCUCAAGAAACUAGUGGAGAGGUUGCAUAUGCGUUGGGGAGACAACCAGCUGUCCUACGAACAUUUAGUCAGAGGCUUAGUCGAGGCUUUAACGAUGCUAUAAGUGGUUUCAAUGAUGAUGGUUGGUCUGUCAUGGGUGGAGACGGCACAGAAGAUGUUAUCAUUGCUUGCAACUCAAAAAAGACUAGGAACAGUAGCAAUCCUGCAAGUGCUUUUGGUGCUCCUGGAGGUAUCAUAUGUGCCAAGGCAUCCAUGUUACUGCAGAGUGUUCCACCAGCAGUACUUGUUCGGUUCCUGAGGGAACAUCGGUCUGAAUGGGCAGAUUAUAACUUCGAUGCAUAUUCGGCUUCAGCGCUGAAAACGAGCCCUUGUUCGCUUCCUGGGUUGCGGUCUAUGAGAUUUUCUGGGAGUCAGAUCAUCAUGCCACUUGCUCACACAGUGGAGAAUGAGGAGAUCUUAGAAGUUGUUCGUCUUGAAGGGCAGGCUCUGACACAUGACGAUGGUCUUUUAUCAAGAGAUAUCCAUCUGCUUCAGCUUUGCACUGGAAUUGAGGAGAAAUCAAUGGGAUCUUGCUUCCAGCUUGUCUUUGCACCAAUCGAUGAGCUUUUCCCUGAUGAUGCUCCCUUGAUAUCUUCAGGCUUUCGCGUUAUACCGUUGGACAUAAAAUCAGAUGGUGUACCCUCUGGAAGAACAUUAGAUUUGGCCUCUAGCCUUGAAGUUGGUACAACCACGCAACAUGCCUCAGGGGAUGGAUCUCCGGAUGACUGCAACCUACGAUCUGUGCUGACAAUUGCCUUUCAGUUCCCCUACGAAAUACAUCUCCAAGAUAGCGUUGCAGCUAUGGCCCGUCAGUAUGUUCGAAGCAUUGUCUCUGCUGUGCAAAGAGUAUCGAUGGCUAUUUCUCCCUCGCGGUCUGGCUUGAGCACUGGGCAGAAGAUAAUUUCUGGCUUCCCUGAAGCUGCAACACUUGUUCGCUGGAUUUGCAAAAGCUACCAGUACCAUUUGGGGGUGGAUCUGGUCAGCCACUCGGAUGAAGCAGGGGAAUCAUUAUUGAGAAUGUUCUGGGAUCAUCAGGACGCUGUCUUGUGCUGCUCUUUCAAGGAAAAGCCUGUGUUUACUUUUGGCAACCAGAUGGGAAUUGACAUGUUAGAAACAACUCUAAUUGCUCUACAAGAUCUCACACUGGACAAGAUCUUCGAUGAAGCUGGUAGAAAGGCAUUACAUGCAGAGAUCCCUAAACUGAUGGAACAGGGUUACGCAUACCUGCCAGCUGGUGUGUGCUUAUCUGGAAUGGGCCGCCAUGUCUCCUACGAGCAAGCCAUCGCAUGGAAAGUUCUCGGCGAGGACAGCAAUGUGCACUGCCUCGCCUUCUGCUUCGUCAACUGGUCUUUCGUGUGAUCGAAUCCAAUCGCCCUGCCCUGAGCACUGAGCAGCCUCCAUUUUUGCGUUCUCUGUAGAAGAGGACGGUUAAGACCGUGCCUGUUAGCUAGGUAAUGCAUGUUUAACUAGUUCUAGACCGAGGGAAAGCCAGCCGUGUAAAGAUGCUGCUGUCUUGUAAAUUUGCACUCAUUUCCGCUAAUUUAACCCGGCGAAGGGCUGGCUGCUGCUUGUGUAAGGAAGGCUGGUUCAGAAUGGCAAGGAGUGACCAGAUCGCCUUGCAAGUCCAACUGUUAUGUUUGAGCUCCAGUGAAAUGAGGGUCCGUCCAGUUAUUUAUUAUUCUAGAUCAUGAAGAUUUUCCCGUUUCAGCAUCA